AUGAAGUCAUUUCUGAAAGUUGAGUCCAGCACAACUUUUUAUCACCUUAAAUUCCAGUUUCGAAACAGUAGCCUGGAUGGUUCUUCUAAAGAGUUGUCUUCAGAAGUAACAGGCUCUAGUGGUGAGAGCAAGGGCCUGGGAGAGAUGAAACCUACAAGACAAAAUCACACCACCGUGACAGAGUUUGUUCUGAUGGGAUUCUCCAACGCUCCCAAACUGCAGACUUUUCUUUUUGCAAUAUUCUUAGUCAUUUACAUGAUGAUCAUGAUGGGAAAUAGCUUAAUCAUUUUAAUAACCAAAACUGAUCAAGCUCUCCAUACCCCUAUGUAUUUCUUACUUAGGAAUUUGUCCUUCUUAGAAGUGGGUUACACUUCUGUGACUCUCCCCAGAAUGCUGGUGAACCUUUGGACACAAAGUACAGUGAUUCCUUUUUCAGCCUGUGCUGCCCAGAAGUAUUUCUUUCUUAUGUUUGGAACCACGGAGUGCUUCCUCCUGUCUGUGAUGGCCUAUGAUCAGUAUGUGGCCAUCUGUAACCCCCUACAGUAUUCAAUCAUCAUGGAUGACAAGGCAUAUCUCCAGAUGGCAGCUGGUUCCUGGAUCGGUGGCAUUCCAGUCCAGAUAGGGCAGACGUAUCAGAUAUUCUCCCCGCCCUUCUAUGAUUCCAACCAGCUGAACCAUUUUUUCUGUGAUAUCCCACCAAUACUUCAACUGGCCUGUCGGAACACAGCUAUGAAUGAACUCUCAGUCCAUGCUGUAUCUCUGCUCUUUGGAACAGCCCCAUUUCUCUUGAUACUCGUGUCCUAUGUAAAAAUCACCUCCACCAUCCUGAAGUUACCUUCAGCCACGGGCAAGCACAAAGCCUUCUCCACCUAUUCUUUCCACCUCAUAGUUAUCACCUCGUUCUUUGGAUCUGCUUUCAUCACAUAUCUAAGGCCCAAGUCAAGGCACUCAGCAGAUGUGGAUAAAUUUCUGUCUCUGUUCUACACCACUGUAACACCAAUGUUUAACCCCAUGAUAUACAGUCUGAGAAACAAGGAGGUGACUGUUGCCCUGAAAAAGUUUCUGUCACAGUUAUUCUAA